GUGGUAAUCGUGGACUGCGUCAUACAGGACGUUAGUGGCUACGACGAGUUCUGUACGGCUCUGAAAAUUUGUUCUCUCAACAGCUGUGGUAUGCAGGUAGUAGUCAACGAAAUGGAAAUUUCCAAAUGUGGCUGUCCGCGGGUACAGUUGGCCUUGGAAUUGUUAAAUCCUGAGCACCUUACCAGCCUGGCGGUGCCGUUGAAUUAUAUGCGGGAGGAAGAAUGGUUUGAGUUGAUGGAUCAAAUCAGUCGCUUUAAAAACCUGGUCUCACUGGACAUCAGCGGCAACGAACUGAACUUCUGUGAUGACUUGGCAAUGACCGAUCGCACUCACGCAUUGCUGCGAGACCUGCCUAAGCUCAAACGAUUAAAUGUCUCGCAUAACCGGUUGAGCCGGAGUCUUUCAGUCAUCUUGUCCGGUUGCGUGAAUGGCUUAACGCACUUGAGUCUUUGCGGAUGUAGGCUCAUGGAGACGGACCUGAUCUACCUUGGUUCUUGCAAUCACACGACCUCCCUGCAAGUGCUGGACAUCUCCACGAACGAUUUUCAGGCGUCCACCAGUUCGCUUUGCUGUUUGUUCCGCAGCUGCAGGGAUACUCUUAGAGUGCUGGUCUUGGAAUGCUGUAAUUUGAAGGAUAUUCAGAUCGAGCGACUGAUGAUCAACCUGAUGACCAUGAGUCGCCUUCGACUUCUCAAUUUCGCCCGCAACUUGCUACGACGAACUACGUACGACACGUAUGUGCGUCAGCUGAAGAAUCACGACAGUCUACUGCGUAUACGAAUGAGCUAUCCGCUUGAAUGUUACGAAGUUCAAGCAGAAGACGCCGUAACUGCCGCCGAGAUUGUUACUUUGAGAAGACGGACUUUCGAGAACUGGGUUUCGCUUGUGUUUGGAACCAAAGUAUACUUGCAUGAGCUUCAAGCGCAACCGUAA